AUGCUGCAAAUUAUUCUGCUUCUCCUGCCUGCUGUUGUCAGUGAUCAGUGGAGUGUGCGUUAUCCUCCUUCGAUCUGUGCUGCGAGGGGAUCCAAUGUCACUAUUAACUGCACAUUUACGUAUCCACCUGAAAAUGACAUAAAGCAAGUGCUAUGGUGUUCAAUGAGAUUAAACAAAGGCAAAUGUCAUUAUCAGCCAUAUGUUUAUGAUAGUGAAGCAAACAAUAGUCAAUCAUUUCAAUACAUUGGAGACAAAACCUCAGAUUGUUCACUUUUGAUCAGUAAUAUUAAUCAAGCACAUUCUGCAGAGUAUAGAUUCAGAUUUAUAACCAAUAAGGAAAUUGUACGUUGGACAGGUGAUCCUGGAGUGAAUAUUUCAGUACACGAUUUAAGAGUGUCCAUGUGCAGGUCAAGAGAAAAUGGAAGCACAAUACCUGGAGACUCGUUGAUUUUAUCAUGCACACUCAACUGUUCUGGUAAGUUAGCUGAGGUUCAGUGGUUUAAGAAUGGUGAUCCGAUUCAACAGUCAGAGCCCGUCCUCACUUUCAGCAGAAUAACUGCUAAAGACUCUGGGAAUUACUCUUGUUCUUUGAGAAACUUUAAAACAACUUUGUCUGAAGAAUUUACCAUUUACAUUGAAGAUGUCGCCGGGUCCCCAAUGGUUUUGAUUAUUGUGGUGUCUUUAUUCUCACUUGUUUUCAUCACUACAGCUGUGAUGCUUAUAAGGCCGACGCAGUCUACUCAACCAUCAAAAACCCUCAAGAAGCCAAGGAUGGACUGCAGCAAGUGUAAUAUGCUUCAAGUGUAA